CACCGGUGUAGACAAUAUCGACAGAAACCAUCUCUCACUAUGACGAAACUGUUGUUCGUGUGUCUAGCUGUGGUGAGCUGCGUAGGCGCCGCUCGUUUAGACCACCUGGUACCUUCAGGCUACGCCGGCGGCCGCGCAGGAUUCGAUGCCACGCCCUACCACUACGAAAAUGUUAACAACGGCGAUGGGAACUAUCGUUUCAGCUAUGACACUCCUGAAGGAACAUCAGCUCACGAGAGCGGGUCACCCCGUGCCCAGGGUCCCGAAGGGCCCGCAGUGACUGCCGAGGGAGGUUUCUCGUUCAGAACUCCUGACGGACAACAGGUGUCCCUCACCUAUACCGCUGACGAGAACGGCUUCCACCCCACUGGUUCUCACAUCCCUACACCACCUCCGAUCCCAGAAGCCAUCCUUCGCUCCAUUGAGUACAACAGGCAGCAUCCUUCAUCUGAUGCGGGAUCUUUCAACGGCGGACGCAACUACUACUAAUACUGGAAGUGCACAGCAAAAUAACCCUUAUUAUAAGGAUCAAUAAGGUUUAUGGAUUCUAAUUGUAUUAAUCCAUAAGCUUUAUUGUUCUUAUCCCGUACCUCUCAUGGACUGUGAUAUCGAAGUAACGAACAGUUACAACAAUGUUGCUAUUUAUUAAACAC